AAAAUCAAAAGAGAAUUUUACGGAAUGUUCAGAUAAGGUGGCAACUUUAAAUUUACGACUUCAAAAAAUUCUCAAAUCCAAACUCAAAAAAAUUGUGUCUGAAAAUUGAAAUCGAAAACUUUGAAGUUGAAGUUUUUGAAGGCAAUAAGUAAAGAUUACUCAUAGUAUAAUUUAUGAUAAAUUCAUCAAAUAGUUUUUACAAUGGGAGAUGAGGAAAAGAAAUCUUCAGGUGCAGGAAUACCGCAAGCCAUCUUCGUGGAAGAUGUUGACAGUUUUAUGGCUCAGCCUGAAAAUGGAGGUAAUGCCGAAAAGGUUCUCCGGAAAUUGGACGAGCAACACAAUAAAUAUAAAUUUAUGGAACUUAAUUUACUAGCAAAGAAGAAACGCUUAAAAAAUCAAAUGCCAGAUUUAGAAAAAUCUCUUGAUAUGAUUCAUCUUCUGAAAAAGCGUAAAGCUGAAGCGAGUGAAGAAAAAAUCAUGACUGAAUUUCUUCUAUCCGAACAGUUGUAUUCAAAGGCUGUUAUCAAACCGUCAGAUACUGUGUAUUUAUGGCUCGGAGCAAACGUUAUGUUGGAGUAUAGUUUAGAUGAUGCUGCUGAAUUACUUACUAAAAAUAUAGAAACUGCAAAAAAGCAAGAAGCCAGCGUAGAGCAAGAUCUCGAUUUUUUGAGGGAUCAAUUUACUACUACUGAAGUGAAUAUGGCUCGAGUAUACAAUUGGGAUGUUAAACGAAGACAAGCAGAAAGUGGAAGCACCUAACAACAAUUCAAAUAAUAUUCACCCUUAACCCACAGGUUUUUUUACUUACACUUUAAGGAAAUGUAACGCGAUGCUGUUCUUUUGUAAUUAAUAUAUGUUUUCUUGUC